ACGCGGGGCUGGGGCGGAAGACAAGCGCACGCGGGUCGGGGCGCCAGCUGCUAGCGCUCAGCUCAGCGCGGGAGGAGCGGGCUGCGCAAGCCAGAGGGGCCGCCAGGGGACCGCGGCAGCCGCGCGCUUGUGGCCGCCUGCUGCCACUGGCCGAGUGGGCCUUGCAUCUGAUUGAUCUUUUUCCUGGAGAGAGCGGCUGGGCCACGCUCCGGCUACCAACACCUGCCCGCAUCGGGCGGACUUCUUGCAAACUCUACGGUGCGCCGCAGCCAAAGCCCCCAUGCUCCCCGAUUCUGCCGCCGCCCGGUGGCAGGCGCUCCUGCUGCUGCUACUGCUGCUGCUGCCGUUGCCGCCGCUUGCCCGCGGCGCCCCAGCCGGGAGGGCGACCCGGGGGCCGACUUCGGAAGUGGUAGUGCCCAGGCUGUUGUCGAGCAGCACCGGCGAACUCACGUUCCACCUGUCCGCCUUCGGCAAAUACUUCGUGCUGAGCCUGACGGCCGACCCCACCUUCCUGGCGCCGGAGUUUAAGAUCGAGCGUCUCGGGGGCUCCGGCAGGUCGGCCGGGGGAGAGGGGGAACUACGCGGCUGCUUCUUCUCCGGCACGGUGAAUGGGGAGCCUGAGUCGCUGGCGGCCUUCAGCCUGUGUCGCGGGCUGAGCGGCUCCUUCCUCCUGGCCAACGAGGAGUUCACCAUCCAACCGCUGGGCACUGGGGACUCUCUGGACCGGCCGCACCUCCUACAGCGCUGGAAACUUGGGGACCGCAGCGGGGAACCGGGGCUAACUGCAGCCGAAGCCCGCCCCCUCCCUCGAGGACCCGAAUGGGAGGUGGAGACCAAAGAGAGUGAGGAGCAGGAAAGAGAGGAUGGUGAGCAGGAGGACCACGAGGAGGAGGAGCGCAAAGAAGAGGCAGAAGGCACCAGUGAACUGCCACCACCGUGGGGGGCCAAGAGUAGGACCAAGCGGUUUGUAUCUGAGGCUCGCUUCGUGGAAACACUGCUGGUGGCCGAUGCGUCCAUGGCUACCUUCUAUGGGGCCGAUCUGCAGAACCACAUGCUGACCCUGAUGUCAGUGGCAGCCCGCAUCUACAAGCACCCCAGCAUCAGGAACUCCAUCAAUCUCAUGGUGGUCAAAGUGUUAAUAGUGGAAGAUGAAAAAUGGGGCCCAGAGGUGUCAGACAAUGGUGGGCUUACACUGCGCAACUUCUGCAACUGGCAGCGGCGUUUCAACCAUCCCAGUGACCGCCACCCGGAGCACUAUGACACGGCCAUCCUGCUCACCAGACAGAACUUCUGUGGGAAGGAGGGGUUGUGUGACACCCUGGGUGUGGCGGACAUCGGCACAAUCUGUGACCCCAACAAGAGCUGCUCCGUGAUCGAGGAUGAAGGGCUCCAGGCAGCCUACACCCUGGCCCAUGAGCUAGGUCACGUUCUCAGCAUGCCCCAUGAUGACUCUAAGACCUGUGCACGGCUGUUUGGGCCUAUGGGCAAGCACCACAUGAUGGCACCGCUCUUUGUCCACUUGAACAAGACGCUGCCCUGGUCUCCAUGCAGUGCCAUGUACCUCACGGAGCUCCUGGAUGAUGGCCACGGCGACUGUCUCCUCGAUGCCCCCACCUCAGCCCUGCCCCUGCCCACAGACCUCCCAGGCCGCAGAGCCCUCUAUCAGCUAGACCAACAGUGCAAGCAGAUCUUUGGACCUGGUUUCCGCCACUGCCCCAACACCUCUGUGCAGGACAUCUGCACCCAGCUCUGGUGCCGCACAGAUGACUCUGAGCCCCUUUGUCAUACAAAGAAYGGGAGCCUGCCCUGGGCCGAUGGCACCCCCUGUGGACCUGGGCACAUCUGCUUGGAUGGCAGCUGUCUGCCAGAGGAGGAAGUGGAUAGGCCCAAGGUUGUGGUGGAUGGAGGCUGGUCCGCAUGGGGGCCCUGGGGAGAAUGUUCCCGGACCUGCGGAGGAGGAGUACAGUUUUCACACCGCGAGUGUAAGGACCCAGAGCCUCAGAAUGGAGGAAGAUACUGCCUGGGUCGCAGAUCCAAGUACCAGUCAUGCCACACGGAGGAAUGCCCAUAUGAUGGGAAAAGCUUCAGAGAGCAGCAGUGUGAGAAAUAUAAUGCUUACAAUUACACUGAUAUCGACGGAAAUCUCCUGCAGUGGGUCCCCAAAUAUUCGGGGGUGUCCCCCCGGGACCGCUGUAAGUUGUUCUGCAGAGCCCGGGGGAGGAGUGAGUUCAAAGUGUUUGAAGCCAAGGUAAUCGAUGGAACUCUAUGUGGUCCAGAGACUCUGGCCAUCUGCAUCCGAGGCCAGUGCGUCAAGGCUGGCUGUGACCAUGUGGUGGACUCACCUAGGAAGCUGGAUAAAUGUGGUGUGUGUGGGGGCAAAGGCAACUCAUGCAGGAAGGUCUCCAGUUCCUUUACCCCUUCCAGUUAUGGCUACARUGACAUUGUCACCAUCCCAGCUGGUGCCACAAACAUUGAUGUGAAACAACGGAGCCACCCAGGGGUCCAGAAUGAUGGCAGCUACCUAGCAUUAAAGACCACUGAUGGGCGGUACCUGCUCAAUGGCAACCUGUCCAUCUCUGCCAUAGAGCAGGACAUCUUGGUGAAGGGGACCAUCCUGAAGUACAGUGGUUCCAUUGCCACCCUGGAGAGGCUACAGAGCUUCCGGCCCCUACCUGAGCCUCUGACAGUGCAGCUCCUGACUGUCCCUGGUGAGAUCUUCCCACCAAAAGUCAAAUACACCUUCUUUGUUCCAAAUGAUGUGGAUUUCAGCAUACAAGACAGCAAAGAGAGAGCAACCACCAACAUCAUCCAGCCACUGCUCCAUGUGCAGUGGGUGCUAGGGGACUGGUCUGAGUGUUCCAGUACCUGUGGAGGUGGUUGGCAGCGGCGGACUGUGGAGUGCAGGGAUCCCUCAGGCCAGGCCUCCACCACCUGUAGCAAGUCUCUGAAACCUGAGGAUGCCAAGCCCUGUGGAAGUCAGCCGUGUCCCCUGUGAUCAUGUGGUGGGAAAGGGUCUUGUGCUCAUGGACUUGGGGUGCUGGGGUGUGGACAAGGGUCCCCUCUGGUGACCCUGUAUAUCAAGGUGGCAUUGCCUGCCCAGGCCUUCCCUUGCUGCAGCCCCUUGAGUAUUGCCUGAAUUCAUAAGGGGGAGGAGAAGAAGGGAUGGGGAUGACAGAUCCUAAGUCAGCUGUCUAGUGGACUGAACCUUGCUCAGGUUCAAAUAGAGGGCAUAGGAUAAAAGACAAAAGUGCACUUAUUGACKUCAAUGGGAGACUCAGAGCCAGCCUAUUUGCAAAGGACUAGCAAAGUUAGAUUUAAAGUUUUUUUUUUUUCUAUUUGGUUUCCCCGAUAAAUAAUCUACCUCAGAGGGGAAAAUAUAUUAGUACAAGAGAGGCGUGGGGCAGGAAGUCAGUGACAAAUGUCAAAGCAAACUCUGUAGCUGUGCCCCACGCUGUCUUUGGAAAUGACCAUGACUAUCUUCAGUGUUAAAAUUCACCAUCUAAAGGGCCACAGUGUUGGUCACAGGGUUGUGGAGA